AUGCUAGGUGAUGGUUUGGCUUAUCAUGUUCAUGACUAUGUAAAAGAUGACUGUAGAAGGAAGUGGAGAGGACUUGGGGACAGGUAUCAGAUAGCGAGAGAGAGAAGGGCAGAGAAAGAGAAGAAGAGGUCUGGGUCAGCAGCUUCAGGUCAGCAGCCUUGGCACUUCUGCCACAUUCUUUAUUUUCUGGAUCCAUUUAUUGUGCCUACGGCAACAAAUGGCAAUUUUACAGCCAGACCCUCUACAUCAGGGGUUUCCAGACUUUAGUUACAUAGGAUCUACUUUUUCCACCCCCUCCCCCCGCCAAUAUUAAAUAACAUUUCACCUUAUUGAUUGGAUGAUUUGCACUGCAUGCUGUCAGCAAGCUUUGCAUAGUCUGGGUUGUAGCUACUGUUUGCUAGCCUCAAGCAGGUGUCCAGGUGAUCAUCUGUUAGAGUGGACCGGUAUUUUGACUUGAUCAUCUUCAUGUCUGAAAAUGCUGACUCGCAAAGGUAGGUAGAUCCAAAAAAUGCUGUCAAGUACAUGGCAACUUUUCUCAUGUUUGGAUAUUUUUCCUCCACGAUAAGGUUCCAAAAGUGUUCGCCCGAUGCACUCGAUUUGAUUUGGAGGUCGCUUUGCAGAGUCAAAAUUUCACUCUCGACGGCUGAUGUCUCCAUGUGAAACAAUGAUGCAAUUAUUCUUGCAAUUUCAUCAACAUCAACUUCCACGCCAAACGGAAAGCACAGGUUCCAGGAUCGCAAAGUCUUGAACGCUUCGGUCAAAUGUUGUUCACCUGUUCAACGUAUCGACCACAGUCACAAAGUGCAGGUGCUUUUCCCUGACUUUCGAGCUCUGACAUCAUAGUUUUGAAAUUCCUCAGUUCAUGUCACUGCAAUUGUGAAGACAGCAAUUUUUUUUUUUUUUAAAGCUGUCACAGAGCUAAUCAUUUCAACAAUAAUUGUGUAUUUUACUUGCAGCUCUAAAUUGAGCUCAUUCAGCCAAACAGUUACGUCAGUCAAAAAAGCUAAAUCUAACAGCCACACUUUGUCUUCCAACUGCUCGUAUUCGGAAUCUUUUGAGGCCAGAAACUCCUUGAUUUCAAAUAACAGAUCCCUAAAUCUCUGCAGGAAUUUACCUCUACUAAGCCACCUUACAUCCGUGUGUUGCAAGAGGUCUGUGUGUUCAUGUCACGUUCGUUGAAUACAGGAUUGGACCAAGGUGCAGUGUGGAAUGCAUACAUGUUUAUUAACGACGUUAACACACGAAAAAACAACAUAAGCAACGUAACGUGAAGCUCACAAUGGCUACACACAAACAAGCCAAACAAGAGUCAAGAUCCCACAACUAAGGUAGACAAACUGGCUGCCUAAGUAUGAUCCCCAAUCAGAGACAACGAUCGACAGCUGCCUCUGAUUGGGAACCACACCUGGCCAACAUAGAUCUAUAAAACAUAGAUAUUCACAUACAUAGAUAUUCACACCCUGACCAAACCAACUAGUGAACUCUAUGUCAGGGCGUGACAGUACCCCCCCCCCCCCCCCAAAGGUGCGGACUCCGGCCGCAAAACCUAACUUAACAGGGGAGGGUCCGGGUGGCUCAUCUAGCCUUGGUGGCGGCUCCGGCUCCGGGCAUGACGUCCUCUCCCUUACUGCCGUUGCACCCCUGGUCCGGUCUGGACCUCGGCGCGAUGCUUCCCCUCUCAGUCCUCCCACGAUGCACCAAGCCCUGUCUGGACACCUGGUGUGGGAGGCCCCGACCCUGGAGACGGGCCGACGUCUGGGCCUGGACCGGCAAUCCCCCCGCGAUGCACCAAGCCCUGUCUGGACCCUGGUGUGGGAGGCCCCGACCCUGGAGAGGGGUUGACGUCUGGUUCUGAAGUGGAGCCGCUGACCGGAGCUGAACUGGACCCCGGUGGAGAGGACUGCUCUGGCCCUGGACUGGAGCAGCUGACCGGGGCUGGACUAGGCACCGGUAGAGCGGACUGCUCUGGCACUGGAGUGGAGCCACUGACCGGAGCUGAACUGGACCCCGGUGGAGCGGACUGCUCUGGCACUGGAGUGGAGCAGCUGACCGGAGCUGGACUGGGCACCGGUGGAGCGGACUGCUCUGGCACUGGAGUGGAGCAGCUGACCGGAGCUGGACUAGGCACCGGUGGAGCAGACUGCUCUGGCACUGGAGUGGAGCAGCUGACGGGAGCUGGACUGGGCACCGGUAGAGCGGACUGCUCUGGCACCAGCCGUACCGGGCUGGGGACACGCACCACUGGUCUGGUGCGAGGAACAGGCAUGGGCUGCACCGGGCUGGGAACACGCACCACUGGUCUGGUGCGAGGAGCAGGAACGGGCUGCGCCGGACUGGGAACACGCACCACUGGUCUGGUGCGAGGAGCAGGUUCGGGCCGUGCCGGACUGGAGACACGCACCACUGGUUUGGUGCGAGGAGCAGGCACGGGGCGUACCGGGCUGGCGACACGCACCACUGGGUUGGUGCGAGGAGCAGGUACGGGCCGUACCGGACUGGAUACACGCACCACUAGUUUGGUGCGGGGAGCAGGUACGGGGCGUACUGGGCUGGCGACCCGCACCACUGGUUUGGUGCGGGGAGCAGGUACGGGCUGUACCGGACUGGAUACCCACACCCCUGGUUUGGUGCGAGGAGCAGGUACGGGCCGUACCAGGCUGGAGACAUGCACCACUGGUUUGGUGCGGGGAGCAAGUACGGGACUGUGGAGGCGUACUGGGCUGGCGACACGCACCACUAGUUUGGUGCGGGGAGCAGGUACGGGCCGUACCGGACUGGAUACACGCACCACUGGUUUGGAGCGGGAAGUAGGUACGGGGCAUACCGGGCUGGCAACACGCACCACUGGUUGGUGCGGGGAGCAGGUACGGGCUGUACCGGACUGGAUACACGCACCACUGGUUAGGUGCGAGGAGCAGGUACGGGCGUACCAGGCUUGGGAGGCGCACUGGUGACACAGUGCGUAGAACUGGAGCAGGAUAUACUGGACCGUGGAGGCGUACUGGAGGUCUGGAGUGUAAAGCUGGCACAACCCGUCCUGGCUGGAUGCCCACUUUUGCACGGCACGUGCGGGGCGCUGGCACAGGACGCACUGGGCUGUGAAGGCGCACUGGCGACACAGUGCGUAUCUCCGCAUAACUUGGUUCCUCAAUGAACACACGCUCCUUCUGUUGCCUGACCAGCUCCUCUCUCCGUGCAUCCACUAAUUCCUUCUCCCUAAGGGCCUCCUGCAGCGCCUCCUUAUGAAGGGAGCUCUCCUGCUCUAUCCUUUCUAUCAGCCCCGUAAUGUGGUGGACUCCUCUCUUAUACUGCUGAUCCGCAGGUCGUGGAGGACCUCUACAAUAGCGGCCUCCUCCUCCACAGUCAGCCCUUUCAUGGCCUCCUGCUGCUUCGUCGACCACCCCGUGUACCCCCCCUCAACAUUUUCUUGGGGUUGCCUCUCGGGUCUCCUUCGUCGUUUCGCCGUCUUUUCUCCCUCGCUGCCUCUGUUUGCUCCCAAGGAAGGCGAUCCAUACCAUCCUGGAUCUCUUCCCACGUCCAUGAUCCUUUUCCUUCCAGUAUCUUCUCCCAUGUCCAGGCUUUUUGCUUUUCCUGGCCACGCUGCUUGGUCCGUUGGUGGUGGGAUCUUCUGUCACGUUCGUUGAAUACAGGAUUGGACCAAGGUGCAGCGUGGAAUGCAUACAUGUUUAUUAACGACGUUAACACACGACAAAACAUCAAAAGCAACGUAACGUGAAGCUCACAAUGGCUACACAUGGCAAGCCAGACAAAAUUAAACGGGCCUAUUUAUAUAAUGAAUAUGAAUUCGGAGGACAGAAAUGAUUAAAUAUUAAAGCAUUAGACCUAUCACUAAAAGCUUCAGUCAUACAAAAGUUAUACUUAAUUCCGAACUGGUUCUCUAGCAAAUUAGUAAGAUUGUUUCACCCAAUGUUCAAGAAUGCUCUUUUUCCCUUUAUUCAGAUUACAACCACUCACUUUCAGUUAUUUGAAAAGGAAAUCAUCUCCCAGAUAUCACUAUUUCUAAAACAAGCCAUAGAAAGUUGGUUGCAAUUUCAAUUUAAUCCUACAGAAACUACAGAACAAAUAAUGCAACAAAUAUUGUGGUUAAACUCAAAUAUACUGUUUAAAAAAGGUAUAAUCUUUGUAAAUGAUAUCAUCGGUAGGACUGGUGGAGUUAUGUCGCACAUGCAGCUAACAAAAACAUGUGGAAAUGUCUGCUCUACCCAAAAUUACAACCAAAUAAUUGCAGCCUUACCGAAAAAAUGGAAGAGGAAAGUGGAAGGAGGAGAAAGUAAGGAACUUGUCUGUCGGCCUUGCAUUAAAUAACAUAAUUGGUUAAGGAAAACUGUGAUAAAUAAAAAGGUAUAUCAGUUACAUUUAAGGACCAAAGGAUUGACAGCCGUCCCAUAUAGAUUGCAAAAUAGUUGGGAAGAGAUUUUUGACGUACCGAUCCCAUGGCAUAGUGUUUAUGAACUGAUACGCAAAACGACACCGGAUUCAAAACUUAGAAUCUUUCUUUUAAAUUAUUAUAUAAAAUUCUUGCUACCAAUAGAAUGUUAUUUAUAUGGGGGAUACAAUCUUCCCAGCUCUACAGAUGUUGCUGCGAAGAGACAGAAUCAUUAGAUCAUUUGUUUUGGUACUGUCCAUUUGUAGCUUGUUUUUGGACACAGGUCCAGGAAUGGCUAAAGGAUUGCAAUAUUUACCUGGAGCUAACCCUGCAGAUAGCACUACUGGGUGAUCUGAAAAGUCAUAGUCAAUCGAUCAAUAACAUAAUAAUACUAUUAGCAAAAAUGUUUAUUUUCAAUUCACAAUCUGUAGAAACAAUGAGAAUAGAAAGGUUCAGAACUUUUGUAAGACAUCACAGUACAGUUGAAAUAUAUAUGGCAAAUAGAAAUCCUAUAUGGAUGGUGUUAAAAGAUAGAUGGAAGGUGUUGAAUGGAAUUGAAGGAUGGGACUAAUAACAACUAACAACAAACAAUAACAAGAUAACUAAUAAUGUAGGCACGCUGUGUCCAUAAUAAGUGUAUGGGUUGUAGGUUGGGAGCUUUUGUGAAGGAGCACAGUUAGAAAGAUAUGGCAUAUAGAAGCAAACCGGAUGGACAUCAUGAAAAUGAUCGGAGAGGUUGAGAGCAGAAGAAGUUCAGGAGAAAGAACAAACAAAAUGUAAUUACUGUAAAAUUGUCUGUGUCCAUAAAAUGUAGAUAGUGGGUAUGGGCUGGAAGUAGAGGCCUAGGUGUUGUUGUUCACUAGUUUACUCCAAAUGGGGAAAGGGUGGCGGGGUUGGAAAGUAAUAAAGGGGAAUAUAUAUAUUUUUUUAAAGGAUAUGUAUGUAUGUGUAUGUAUAUAUGUACAACUAAUAUAUUUAAUAUAUAUAUUAAAAAUGGGGAUGGAAGUGCUGCAGACAAUAAGAAUUAUAUCUAUCGCAUUUAGCUGUCUACCCCAACCCCCCCCCCUAAAAAAAGCCAAACACGAGUCAGAUCCCAACUAAGUGCACUGCUGCCUAAGUAUGAUCCCAAUCAGAGACAACGAUCGGACCGCUGCCUCUGAUUGGGAACCACCACCCGGCCAACAUAGAUCUAUAAAACAUAGAUAUCACAUACAUAGAUAUUCACACCCUGACCAAACCAACUAGUGAACUCUAUGUCAGGGCGUGACAGUUCAGCUUCACAUUCUUCCAGUUGAGAGCUGAAGAGGCGCCUCUGCAGACUUCUGGCCCGAAUCAAAUUCACGAUUUGAGCACGAUAUCCAUGACAUCUUUCAUAUUCAGCAUUUGACCACACAAGGCCUGUUGAUGGAUUAUGCAGUGAUAAUUGAGGAAGUCUGGAACGUCAUCAUCACUUUUACAAAGGGCAAUAAACCCAUUGAUGAUGCCAGUCAUGGCUGGUGCUCCAUCUGUAGGUAUGGACACAAGUUUGUAAAUGGGUAACUGAGUGCUAUUAAUAAAGUCCUUGAAUGCCACAAAAAUGUCCUCCCCUCAAGUUUUUCCUUUCAACUACAUGAUUUUGAGCAGUUCCUCUUUGGCAGUCAUAUCUUCGAACACCACUCUGAUGAAAAUGCGCAACUGAGAUGUGUAGACGUCUGUCGACUCGUCAAAUUGAAGUGAAAAGAACACGCACUCAUUUAUGUAUUUUUUUAAGAUGCUCCCUCAAAUCCUCAUCCAUCAUUUCACAGCGCCUUGUAACAGAUAGCUGAACAUCCUUAAUAGCGGAAAUUAUUUCUGAUUUAUUUUUGAAAUCAUUAAGCAAUGAUUCUGCUGCCUCUAAAAAGGCCUCUUUUACCAUUUCUCAAUCCUGGAACGGAUUCUUGUGCUUUGCUAGUAUGCGACUCACCCAGAAUGAUGCAAUCGUGGCUGCCUUUGAUUUUGAGCUGGGCCUUGUAAAGAUCGAUUGUUGGGCAGCUAGUUGAGACUUUUACUUUUCUCUUAUGUAGUUCACUUUUAGCUGGAAAGUCACUUUCAUAUUUCUUGUGAACAGUUUUGAAAUACCUCUCGAUAUUUCCCUUCUUAGCAAGAGCUACGUUUGAAUGGCAGAUCAGACACACACAUUUUGAAUUUGUUGUGGUGAAAAAAUAAUCUUCCUCCCACUCACUGUGAAAGUGGUAGAUUUUCGGUUUCUUUCUGCUUGGUCCAGCACUCAUAUUAAAAACGUAACCGCAACUUCAUAGUAAAAAAAAACUACCACUGGAACAACAAAGAAUAUUCUGUUACAGGUCUGUUAUAGGUCUUGCAAGCAUGGAAAUGUGAACGUACUAACUGCAGAUGGUUGCUAUGGUAGCGGGUUGGUCCAAUUUUAUGUCAAUCAAGCAGUUUUUUUAAUAUUUUGGCUGUGCAGUAAUAUUCGACAAAGAAGCAAACCUGUAAGCAAAGCAUAGGGUGCUUCAGAACUGUGGACCUCAUUAUUUUUAAGCAGACUCGAUGGUAACGCUGUGAAUUGCCAAAAUAUAUAUUUUUAGUGCAUACAUUUUGAAAACUUUUAUGCAGUCUAUUAGAAAGAAGUUUGUGAUUGACCGGUCGACCGCAAUCGACGUCCUGGGCACCAAUGCUCUACGUCAUCCACAAGUGUGACCACCGCCACCAACAGUGCAGCGAGACCCUCUACGACGUCUACGUGUGACUAUCACCGGUGCAGCCAUGGAAGAUGCUGGAAUGGAGGAAGCACCUCUGGAUCUGGGACCCGGUGAGAUUAUUAUGACCUUCACUGAAGUGACAGCUGAGGACCUCGUUGAACAGGAUGUGGCCGUGGAGACAAACGAGGAGAGACACAGGGAGAGAAACGAAGAGGAACGACGUCACACCAGGCGUCAUCGGAGGUACCAGCCCCCUGAUCCACUCACCUCAUUUCAGCAGAGGCUCCUCCAACCCGUCGAGAGGGAUGCAGCCCAACCUGAUGCUCACAGGAAGGAGGAUGAAGAGACCCUCUUUGCCAUGAGCCUGGUGCCAACCAUGAAGAGGCUGCCUCGGCAAAGAAAAGCAGCAGUCAAGGUUAAAAUUCAUCAGCUGCUUUUCAAAGCCGAGUUCAAUGGUAAGUAUUACGACGGUGAAGUAAAGUGGGUUAUUUUUGCAGUAUACUCAUAUAGGCUAAUUGUUAUUUCAGAUCAAAAGAUUAAUAUGAGGCAAAUGUAUAGUUGUUUCUGGGUUAAAAAAUACCCUGAAACAACCGUUUGCUGUCUAAAUAUUUGCCUGUCAUAUUCAUAUUUUGAUCUGACAUACAAAUUCCAUGAGUACACAGCAAGAAUGAACAACUUUACCACACUGUUCCAAUAUUAAUGCCACUAACUACACUAUACAAGCAGUAUUUAGUUACCAAAAUCUCACCUUCUAUGGUGUUAUAUUGUGUAAUGCUUGUAUUUGUUGUUUUUCUCUUCCCUUCCAGGGAUGGAGUCAAAUUAG